GCAGACCACCCCAGCGUCCUCCGCAGCUCAGCAUGUGGGCCAUCCUGCUGCUCGCCUGCCUGGCGUCGCCGGCGCCGGCCGCCGCCGCCGCGCCGCUCGAGAUCGGCCUCCAGUGCGCCGAUGUCGUCUGCGCCGGAAACGCCACCUGCAUCAUCAAAGUCAGCAACGGCGAGCCCGUCUGCCUCGGUCGGACGAAGAAAGGCACAUGUCCGUUCACCCAGCUGGCCAGCUGCAACGAGAUCCAGAUGAUGUGUAUGGAGGAUGACGACUGUCCGGGCCGCAAGAUCUGCUGCCAGAGCGACUGCGACCGCGUCUGCAUGGAGCCAGGCGAAGACUUGCCGAAGCCAGGCCACUGCCCGUCCCGCUUCGCGUUCGGGCCGUGUGUGCACGAGUGCAGCGAGGACGGCGAGUGCCCAGGCAGUACCAAGUGCUGCAGCACCGGCUGCGGCCGCAUCUGCUCCUCACCCUACCUGGCCAAGGCCGGCUCAUGCAGUGUUCCCUCGGGCGGCGGCGGCAGCUGCGCCAUCGAGUGCAGCAUUGACGAUGAGUGCAGCGGCGACCUCAAGUGCUGCUCCUCUGGCUGCGGCCGCUCCUGCCAGCCGCCCGCCGGCAACCACAUCUGCCCCAGCGGCACCAGCUUCUUCAACAAGUGCAACCUGUGCACGUGUGGCAGCCCACGCGAGCCCGUCGACUGCGAGAAGAAGGCCUGCGCGCGAGAGAAGCCCGGCUACUGCCCAGCUCUGUAUCUGCACGCCGCUAUCAAGAGCGAGGGAUGCGGCACCAGGUGCUAUGAUGACGAGGAGUGUUCCGGAGAAUCCAAGUGCUGCGACAUCGCAGGCUGCUGGCCAGAUCUGCACGCCCACAGCGAAAGAGAGGCCGGGAAUCUGCCCGGUGGCGGAGGGCAACGACCCGUGCGGCGAGUGGUGCGAGCAGGACGCCGACUGCCCCGGCUCCGGCAAGUGCUGCCGCACCGGCUGCGGCAAGAUCUGCAAGCCAGCUGACGACCCGGGCUUCUGCCCUGCCCAGCUAGAGACGCCCCAUUGCUUCUUCCGCGACGACCAGUGCAUCGGCAACAAGGACUGCCCCGGCAAUGAGAAGUGCUGCGACUCGCCCUGCGGCAGGAAGUGCUCCACACC